AUGUCUUAAUAUUCAUAUUCCUAAUCUCUUAAGAUUAUGUUGAUACCAUACUUAAUCAUUGGAAUAUUGUGGUAUUAUUCUAUUCUAUAUUUAAAGGUUUCCAUUGACAAUUAUGAUUGAGAAACAUUAUGAUUCCAUUUUGAUUUCAUAAUUUAUUGUGAUUUAAAUAACGACAGCCUUCUUAUUUUUGAUAGGUCUCUAUUAUAAGUAUUCACUUUGAUUGAGAAUAGCAAUACAUCAAUUUAUGAUAUUUAUUGGAAAGUAGCACCAAUGUUUUUUGUCACUUAUUGGUCUAAAGAAUCUGGAAAUAUAAUUCUCCCUUUCCUUGUAUUCUUUUACUGCAUUAAACAAAAUUAUACUUAUUUUAGAUUCUGGCCAGGUAUUUAUAUAGAUCAUAAUAAUUUUUAAGGUUUAUAAUAUGAAGAUUAUAGAAAUGUGGCAGUAAAAUAAUAAUAUCCAAAUCCUUUAAUUUUUUGGUCAAUUAUUUAUUUGGGCUUUGAAGUUAUACCUUCAAUAAUGAUCUUUUUAGGUCAUUUACCACUUUAUUAUGUGUUCAAUUCAUAAAAUCCAUGUACUAUUGCUUAUAAUUUUUCAAUCAUAUUUACAAUUUGUGCAAUAUCGAUAGAAUUGAUAGGUAAUAAUAAUAAAUAAUAGUUAGCUGAUUAUCAACUCUAUCCUUAUAGAUCAAAAUUACUAAAAGGUGAUUGUGAUGUUGGAUUAUGGAGAUAUUCUAGACAUCCUAAUUAUUUUGGAGAAUGUAUGUAUUGGUGGGGAUAAUAUUUAUGUUAAUUAUCUUUUGGUUUUGAAAAUGCUUGGACUAUUGUAGGAGCUGCAGCUAUUUAAGCAUUAUUUUCAUUUUAUUCUAUACCAGAUAUGGAGAAUCAUUUAUUAAAGAAGAGAGAAACUUAUGCAACUUAUAAAAGAAAGGUUGUAAGUUCAUUUAUCCCUUGGUUUAGAAAGGAGAAAUGA